GUGGCUAGGGGCCCCCGGAAGUGCUUGUGGGUGGAGUGGGGUUGCCAUGGCGGACCCCGCUGAAGAGCUCGCUAAGCUCGAGUACCUCUCCUUGGUCUCCAAGGUCUGCACGGAGCUCGACAACCACCUGGGCAUCAACGACAAGGACCUGGCUGAAUUUGUGAUAAACCUUGCAGAAAAAAACGCAACCUUUGAUGCAUUCAAGGCAGCCUUGGUGAAGAAUGGCGCUGAGUUUACUGAUUCACUCAUCAGCAACCUGCUACGUCUUAUACAAACAAUGCGACCUCCUGCGAAACCUUCAACUAGCAAAGAUGCUGUUAAACCAAAAACAGAAAAAGAAAAAUUAAGGGAAUUGUUUCCAGCCCUCUGUAGGCCAAACAACCCCAUUGUCAGGACAAUGCUAGAUGAAGAUGAUGUGAAAGUGGCUGCUGAUGCCCUGAAGGAAUUGGAAGCAUUGAUGCCAACAGCAGGCAAACAGGAGAAACACCGGAGCAGUGAGGAACGGACCAAGAAAAAACACAGGAGUCGCAGCCGCAGUAGGGAUCGGGAUCGAAAGCGGAAACGAAAGUCCUCCUCUCGCUCUCGGACACGAGAGCGACAUAAGGGUAAAUCAAGGUACCGCUCCAGGAGUAGAAGCCCCAGUUGGGAUCGCAAGGAGCGAGAGAAGCCUGUGGAGAAAAGCAAUGAGCGAUGGAGGGAUAAGCAUGUGGACCGGCCCCCACCUGAAGAACCUUCCAUUGGGGAUAUCUACAAUGGCAAAGUCACCAGCAUCAUGCAAUUUGGCUGCUUUGUCCAGCUCGAAGGACUCAGGAAGCGUUGGGAAGGACUGGUCCAUAUUUCAGAGCUGCGCCGGGAGGGACGUGUUGCAAAUGUGGCUGAUGUGGUGAGCAAAGGCCAGAGGGUCAAGGUCAAAGUGUUGUCCUUCACCGGCUCUAAAACCAGCCUCAGUAUGAAGGAUGUAGAUCAAGAUACAGGGGAAGAUUUGAACCCAAACAGGCGUCGGAAUCUUGUUGGAGAGGCUGAAGAGACAGCCAUGCGAAAUCCAGAUCGGCCCACUCACCUCUCUUUGGUCAGCGCUCCUGAAGUAGAGGAUGAUACAUUGGAGCGAAAGCGUCUCACUCGCAUUUCAGACCCAGAGAAAUGGGAAAUCAAGCAGAUGAUUGCUGCCAAUGUGUUGUCCAAGGAGGAGUUCCCUGACUUUGAUGAGGAAACAGGAAUUCUGCCAAAGGUUGAUGAUGAGGAAGAUGAAGAUCUGGAAAUUGAAUUGGUAGAAGAGGAGCCACCAUUCUUGAGAGGUCACACAAAGCAGAGCAUGGACAUGAGCCCCAUCAAAAUUGUAAAGAAUCCUGAUGGCUCCCUGUCUCAAGCAGCCAUGAUGCAAAGUGCACUAGCUAAAGAGAGGAGAGAACUGAAGCAAGCACAGCGGGAAGCAGAGAUGGAUUCUAUCCCCAUGGGACUCAAUAAACACUGGGUGGAUCCUCUUCCAGAUGUGGAUGGGAGGCAAAUUGCUGCUAACAUGCGGGGUAUUGGUAUGAUGCCCAACGACAUCCCAGAGUGGAAGAAACAUGCUUUUGGGGGCAAUAAAGCUUCUUAUGGCAAAAAGACUCAGCUGUCAAUUAUUGAGCAGAGGGAAAGUCUCCCUAUUUUCCGUCUGAAGGACCAGCUUAUUCAGGCUGUCCAUGAUAACCAGAUUCUAAUAGUCAUUGGAGAGACUGGUUCUGGGAAAACUACACAGAUCACUCAGUAUCUAGCCGAAGCUGGCUAUACCUCUCGUGGGAAGAUAGGCUGCACUCAGCCUCGCCGAGUGGCUGCCAUGUCUGUUGCUAAGAGGGUAUCAGAAGAGUUUGGUUGCUGUUUGGGCCAAGAGGUUGGCUACACUAUCCGAUUUGAGGAUUGCACCAGCCCUGAGACAGUGAUCAAGUACAUGACAGAUGGUAUGCUGCUGCGAGAGUGCCUCAUCGACCCAGAUCUGACACAAUAUGCCAUCAUCAUGCUGGAUGAAGCCCACGAGCGCACCAUACACACUGAUGUGCUCUUUGGUCUCCUGAAAAAGACAGUUCAGAAGAGACAGGACAUGAAAUUGAUUGUGACGUCAGCCACCCUUGAUGCAGUGAAGUUCUCUCAAUACUUCUAUGAAGCCCCGAUCUUUACCAUCCCAGGCAGAACGUACCCAGUUGAGAUACUCUACACUAAAGAGCCAGAGACAGAUUACCUGGAUGCCAGCCUGAUUACUGUCAUGCAAAUUCACUUGACAGAGCCACCAGGAGACAUCCUGGUGUUUUUGACUGGCCAGGAGGAGAUCGACACUGCCUGUGAAAUUCUCUAUGAGCGGAUGAAAUCUCUGGGUCCUGACGUGCCUGAGCUGAUCAUCUUGCCUGUGUAUUCAGCACUGCCCAGUGAAAUGCAAACACGGAUUUUUGAUCCGGCUCCCCCAGGCAGCCGAAAGGUAGUCAUUGCCACAAACAUCGCUGAAACGUCACUUACAAUCGAUGGCAUCUAUUAUGUGGUAGAUCCUGGCUUUGUGAAACAGAAAGUGUACAACUCUAAGACAGGGAUUGAUCAGCUGGUUGUGACACCAAUUUCCCAGGCACAAGCAAAGCAACGAGCUGGGAGAGCUGGGAGAACAGGCCCUGGCAAGUGCUACCGACUCUACACAGAGCGUGCCUACCGUGAUGAGAUGCUGACCACCAAUGUACCUGAGAUCCAGAGGACCAACUUGGCCAGCACUGUGUUAUCUCUCAAGGCUAUGGGAAUCAAUGACCUGCUCUCUUUUGAUUUUAUGGAUGCUCCCCCAAUGGAAACACUCAUCACUGCAAUGGAGCAGCUGUAUACCUUGGGAGCCCUGGAUGAUGAGGGGCUACUCACUCGACUAGGGCGCCGGAUGGCAGAAUUUCCCUUGGAGCCUAUGCUGUGCAAGAUGCUCAUCAUGUCAGUACACCUGGGUUGCAGUGAAGAGAUGCUCACUAUAGUCUCAAUGUUGUCUGUACAGAAUGUAUUUUACCGGCCCAAGGACAAGCAAGCUCUUGCUGACCAGAAGAAAGCCAAGUUCCACCAGACUGAAGGUGACCACCUCACACUUCUGGCUGUUUACAACUCCUGGAAAAACAACAAGUUCUCCAAUCCUUGGUGCUAUGAAAAUUUCAUCCAAGCCCGCUCACUACGCAGGGCCCAGGAUAUCCGUAAACAGAUGCUGGGUAUUAUGGAUAGGCACAAGCUGGAUGUAGUAUCAUGCGGAAAAGCAACAGUGCGAGUCCAGAAAGCCAUUUGCAGUGGUUUCUUCCGCAAUGCAGCCAAGAAAGACCCCCAGGAGGGUUAUCGGACCUUGAUUGACCAGCAGGUGGUCUACAUCCAUCCCUCAAGUGCCCUGUUCAAUCGCCAGCCUGAAUGGGUGGUAUACCAUGAACUGGUGCUAACAACCAAGGAAUAUAUGCGAGAAGUCACCACCAUAGAUCCCCGCUGGCUGGUGGAGUUUGCCCCAGCCUUCUUCAAGGUCUCUGACCCCACAAAACUGAGCAAACAGAAGAAACAGCAGCGUCUCGAGCCACUUUACAAUCGUUAUGAGGAACCCAAUGCCUGGAGGAUAUCACGGGCAUUCAGGCGUCGAUGAGACCACCCCCCUCCUGCAGGGACCUUGAUAUCGCUAUGUCUCAGUCCAAUGGUGGGACUACUUGGUCAUCUUAUGUUAAUUUGAUGCCCGAAUCUCACAUUUUCUUCUUGUUCUACAGAAGGCCAGCAGGGGAAAAAUACAGCUGUCAAAGGCCCAGCCACUACACAACUAAUAUCAUGGCUGACUGCAGUGAUGCCUUUUAUCUUGGACCAAACUUUUCCUUUAGUUCUAUUUCUACAUUGCCCAAAGCUUAAAAAUUGCUGUAUAAUUUUGACCUGUUUGAUGACUAAAAGGCGUUGUGGAAUUUUAUUUUGAAGCCUGUUCAAAAGUUGGAUCUGGGGAAGAACAUCACACCCUCUUGUGAUCUCUAUCCUUUGAAACAGUUGUAUUUUACUUCAAAGCAACCUACUGGCAGCACAGUUGAAUGGCUGGACUUUUGGAGGAAGCAGGAAGAAUGCCCAGACCCUAUUAUGGGGUGGUCAUGCUUCAGUGUGGUUUGUCAGGUAUACUGCAAUGUCAUUGUCCUCUUCUUCUCUGAAAGGAACAGUUCACAGAGACUUUUGGUGUAAUUUAUAGUAACUUUUCACAAAAUGGUCGUGUACAUAACUGCUAUCAUUAAACCAGUAUUCCUGUAUUCCAUCAAAAAUUUCCCAAGCAGUUUUUUAAAAAUAAAAAAACCUGGAGACCCA